AUGGUGCCACCUAGGAUGCAGGCUGCGGCACCAGGAGCUGACUCUAUGAUCCGCCAGCCUUCACCUCCCUUCCUGCCCCAGUGUAAUCUGCAUCCUGCGCCCUGCCCCACCUGUCCCAGCCCUCCUCAUCUCCUUGUCCCUUCCACACCAUUUCCUCUCCUUUCUUCAAACUCACAUCCCCUCGGAUACCCACCAUGGGCUGAGCCUCUGGACUCCAUGGUCCCCCUUUUUCCUCUUUCCUCUGUCAUCCACUGUCACUCCAACCCUCCUGUCCUCAUGGAAGAUGGCAGCUCCCAAACUGUCCCUUCUCUCCACCUUAUUCUUGACACCGUCCUGGCUGGUGUCUGCAGUCACACGGAUGACCCGUUACUUUGUCCCCAGCUCUCCUCCUGAUGCCCACAGGCUCUGCUUCUGCACCGCCAUCCGGAUCAUGCCGGGCCCCUUUUCCUGCCCUAUCUGCUCACCUCUUCUCUUCUCUUGUGCUCUCUGACCCGGCUACUCCACCUGAUGGAGGCGCCUGGGACACGGAUGGUUCCAUCUCAUCCCAAAUCCAUGUCCCCAGCCUCCAAAAAACUGGGACCCUGUGCAGCAGCCUCCUCUCCCACCACUUUCCUGAGACCACCAGUCAUGAAAAAAGAAAAACCUAUGUGUAUAGUACCCAUCUUUUCACCUAGAUAUAAAGGUACAUUUAUUAUACGUUUUGGUACAUUUUACACAAGAAAAUAG